AUAGCAAAGAGCAGACCCGACCACUUUCUUCAGUUCUUCCCCCAAAGUCUCCCAGUUCCCAAAUCCCCAAAAUUGCCUUUAACACUCCCCUACCCUUUUAAAUUCUCGAAUUGCCAAGUAAACCUCAGUGUCUCAUCUAACCUAACGCUCACAGGCGCAACCCUCACUGCCUUUGAGCUUCAAACCACGCGGCGGCGCCAGCCAUGACCGGGUCCGUACCUUUACACUCUGGUUUUUCUCAAUUCGAAACUCACCUGUUCCUCCAAACAUUCUACCCGUGCAUUUGGGGUUUACAGUGAAGAAAAUGCCUCAAUAGCCGUCCCAGAGGCCGAGGAGACCGCCGCAUGAGGCAAAAUUUGCGUUUUGCAGUGAAGAAAGAAGAGAAAAACGGAGACAUGCAUAGUGACUUGUUGAAUCUGAAAGCGGGUUCAAAGGAAAUUUUUAGAAAAAUUCAACGUUGAAACAGGAGAUUUAAAGGGGUCGGCCUUUUUGUCAAUUAUUUUUGGGGACUGAUUGUUGUUUAUACAUGUGCUGAAUAUUAGAUUUUUUUAAUUAAAAAUGUUAUAUUAUGUGAAUUGAACGGUAAACGUUCCGCUGUAGCUUUAUUUAUUUAUUUUUAACAUUGGUGAUGUUAACUAGUUUACACAUACAUGGAGAGUACCGUUGUGGUCGUGGAAACUCAGAGUUGCAGUUCUAAUCUUGUCCCCAAGUCUGGAGAAUCACCGAUAAAUAUUGACUCAAUAUCUAUAGAUCUCAUCAAUGCUAAUGAUGACAUUGGUGCUAGGAAGUGUGAGCAUUUUUCCAUUCGUGGAUAUGCUUCUGAGAUGCGCCACAAAAACUGGACGAAAUGCUGGCCAUUUGCAUUAGAUGGUGUCCAGAGUAUAUCUGAAGAACAAGACUGUAAGCUUCCUCCUUUACUAGUUCCGAAGUUCAGAUGGUGGUGCUGCCAAAGCUGUCUGCACGAAAUUGGGUCGGACGGCAAUGUAAAUGAAGAGAGAACUUUUGCUAAUAAUGGUAGCAAAUUGAAAACCUUUGGCUCCUGUCCUCACCUGUCAUCAUCCAAUGGUGGUGCUACAAUUCAGUUAUCAGAUUUGCAGCAGUCUGUAAAGAUUAAUGUUGUAUCAGGAAAAUCUGAUGUUAGUGCUCGUGUUAAUGUCAAUAGCAGUGAUAAAAGUGAGAAAGCAGCUAAAGUUGCUAAUAUACCAAUCAUAGGGCAAACAGAUCUCUUAGAAAAUAACAUUAGCAAAGAAACCCAUAUUUCAAAAUUUGCUGGAAUAGAUGUUAUUUCUAGCCUUAUGAAGCGGACAUUUCAUAUAGGCAAUAAAGUGGCUCCUCUGCAACUUGAUAAACCUAGUAUAAAGGAUAAUGAAAUUGCUGGCUAUACUAUUCCCGAGUCAAACCCGAGUUGCACUGUCAAUGAUGCCACUGAAACACAUCAAGCAGAAAAUCACGCUUCUACUUUUGUUCAGCAGAUGGAGUUCGUGAAAACUCGUGGUCCCUUUGGAGUAGUCAAUAUGGUUAAUGGGGUUAGUACAGCUGAAUAUCCUUCAUUGGAAUUAGAUGAUUGUGAUUAUGCAUCAUCUGAAAGUGCUGAGAUAUUGCUUGGAAGUUCAUCUGGAAGAAGAAAGACCCGCAAGGUGCGUCUGCUGACUGAAUUGUUGGGUAAAAAGGAAGAUGAAAAAAAUGAUCUCUCAAGUUCAGAAGAUUCACCUUCCACUGCCAUUCCUGAUGCAUCUAUGGCAAUAGAUUCAGUGUCUGCUCCCCAUGAUCAAGUCAGUUUCCAAGGAAAUGUUGCAAGCAAUUUGUCUCUUAGUAGGAAAAGAAAGUUGCCACAAGAUGAAACACGGAGGCUUGGGGAAAUGAGUUCUCCAAAUAGUGGGAAUAAAAAUCUUUGGACAUUCAACAGAGGUGCAGAAACUACUGAUGAAAUUCCAAUUCCUGAUUCAGAUUGUACAGUUAAUGGAAGUGUCUCACAAACUGGUGCAAAGAGUCAUUUGGUUAGCCUUAAGGUGUAUAAAAGUCCUACUGCAGGAAAGAUGAAAAACAAAAAGACCCAAAAUUUUGAUGAAUGUUUGUCUGUUGUUCUGUCUCGAGAAAAACUGCAGAAGCAGAAACAGAAAAAGGCUGGAGAUACCACUAAGAGCAAUGCCAUUGAUAUUGUUCAGUACAAGUCGAAUGAUGCAUCUAAAGACAGUGAGUUGGAUCCCUUUUCUGAGUCUGCCAAAAAGGCAGAGAAAAAUUCUAAUUUAUUGAAGAAAAGGAGUAAGAUGCAUCAAGAUCUUGAUGGGCCUGCUUUUCCUAUUCCUUGGAACAAUGGCUUGCUCAGAGAAUGUCCGACUUCAAGGAAAGAUGUAGAAAUACAACAAACUGGGUCUGUUUCUGUAGCCCAGGAUGCAUCAGCUGAAAGAAGAAUGCAAUUUUCACUUAAUAAUUUCUUGCCUGCCAAAACAUAUGAUGGAAAAUAUAUUUCUCCAAUCAGAGAUGGGUUGCCACCUCUAUUGCCUUGGCAAGGGCAUGUUCACACUGAAUAUGAGAUUGGGAGGAAAGAUCUAAAGAUGAAUUCUGUUGGGAACUCUGGUUUUCCUUUUAAAUCUGAACUGGAAGCAUAUCUUUGGAAGAGAAUGCAUGUUGACCUCAACAGUAACCAAACUACACAGAGAAUACCAUUCCUGAACGAGAAGCAAGAACACUACUCUUGUGCUGAUGUUGGGAGCUGUUCUUUGGUUCAGCAAAUGGAUUUCAGGGGUAAAAGCAAUAACGGGAAAUCUGUGGAGCUUCAGGACUACUCAGCAAUAGCCAGUAAGAAUUAUGAUCAACGAGCUGAAAGGGCAUCUGGGCAAGGAGCUUCAGAUGACAUACCCAUGGAGAUUGUUGAACUCAUGGCCAAGAAUCAGUAUGAGAGGUGUCUUCCAGAUAGAGAAAUUGAUAAACAACCAUUGGAAACAACCAAUAACACCAGAAGUCAUCAGAUCAGGGUGGAUCUUAAUAAAGUAUAUGGAAAUGAAGAGAUGAGCCUGCUUCAUGAGACCACUCAAAAACCAAAACCCCGGGCUAAAAACAGAAAAAUUGGCAAAAUUGAAAGAGAUGAUAUGCACAAAUCAGUUGAUAUUUUCUCUCAUCUGGACUGGAAUCAGUACAAUAUGAGCCAAUUGGAACAAAGUUUUUCCACCGCCAGCUUUAAGUCUUCUCUAUGUAGAGAGAAGCCAUUGAAUGGAUUCCAAAUUUCUGCUGCCAAUUCCAGCCGGCAAAACAGUGCACAAAAUUGGCAGUGUAUUGGGAACAUGGUUGGGCAGAGGUCCCCUCAGGCCAGUGUGCAGGCAUUGGAAGUUUGUAAUUCAUGUCAUAGUGCUCCACAACAGAAUAAAGAAGCAGCUAAUUUAUGGCCGUCAACUGUACCAAAUAACAUGCCCUAUCUAUUUGGGAUUCCUCAGAGGUGUAGAGAUCAGGUGGCCAAUGUCGAUGUGCUUUCACAUUGCCAUAGAAAUCUGCAAAAGGGAAAUGCGAGUGGAAAUGAUGAUCGGAAUUUCUUAAAUCAGGCUUCAAGUUUUGAAAAGCAUGCUAGGAAGUUUGAUUCGGAAGUCCUUAGGACACAUGCAGAUUACCCAUUUGCUUGCAAACAUAACGGGAUGGGGUCAAUUGAUCUGUAUUCUAAUGAAACCAUCCCUGCCAUGCAUUUACUCAGCCUGAUGGAUGCAGGGUUACAGUCAGGUGCACCAGUUGAUGUGGAUGGAAACCAAGGAUAUGUCAAGAAAACUUCCUCUCAUGGUCAUCAUCACUCAAAAGUGUUUUCGAGCCUGCCUUCUAGGGGAGAUAGGACCAAUUCAAUGAAACAUGCAACCUAUGAUUGUUAUGGUAAAAGCCAUCUACCCGAGAGUUUAUGCGAAUGUACGUUUGCCACACCUGCAGCCAGUCCUACAUCAUUUCUGCAUGAUAAAAGUUUCAAGAAGGCAAGUUAUUUUACGGCUCAAUUAUCACUGAAGUCUAGAGAGAAAGAGAAGAAGUUCUCAGAUUCACAAAGGCAGAAUAAAAAUUGCAGAUCACAAAAAACUGCAUCUUCAAAUAGUGGCAUAAAUACUUGUGGAACGUGUACUUUCCAUAGUAUGCCAAAAAUGGUGCUUGGCACAUCUGAUUUUAUGAUGUUCCGGACGCAGCUUCAAGCAUUAGUGAGUGCAAACAAACAGAACCAGGAUGCUCGAACUAUGAGUGGUACUCUUUUCCAUCCAAAAAGUGGUUCGGAGAAUGAAAUGUGCUCUAUUAAUAGAAACCCUGCUGAUUUUUCCGCGCCUGAAGCAGGAAAUAUCUACAUGAUUGGAGGCGAGGACCUGAAAUUUGGAAGGGGAACUCCCUCAUCUGGGAUGGUAAAAUUAACCGGGGACAAGCGUCAGAAGAAGCUUACUGUUAGAAAAGAGCGGUCACGUUCAUGAGACAGUGGUGAUUGCAUAUGUCGAUAGCACCACCGAACCACAUUCGUCUUGGUAUUCGGUUAAAAUGCAUUAAUUCCGUCCACUGGGAAACUUGGGAAACUUGCAUUCUUUCGAUCAGCAUUCAACUCGUGUAAUUUUCGGCAGGCAAAAUCAAGCACUUUGAUGCCUUGGUUAAGAAAAGCUUAAAUGCUUUAUGAAGCUUCGAGACAUAAAACCGGUAAUAUUUCGCAACACAAAGUUGCUAUAUUUUAUUGCUCUACAUAGAUCAUUCUACUUGCAUUGGCACAUUUCCCAUUUCCGAGCUUUGAGAACAUGAAAAGAAUAUGGUAGGUGCAUGGUAAGGCCUGUAAAAAUAUUUGCAUAUUCCCCCUCCCUCCCUCCCACCUACCAACUGAAUCUUUUCGAUGUUGUAAUGCUUGUGUUCUUCUGGACAGAGGUUUGUAAAACCUAAAUACUGCCGCUUUUAGUUCUCAAUCAAAAGGGCUUGGAGAACACUUGAAUAACUCUAUAUUCCAUUCUCUAGCAGCUAGUGGGAUUCGAAACAGAGGACGGACAAUAUAAUGUGUUUUGAAGCAUGAGUUUGAAUCAUGGCUGUUUAUGCCGUAGCGAUAUCGUAUCUGUAUCGGCCGGUACAAAUUAAGAUGGUUGUUAUUGUCACGAGUUAGUUUUGGAACAACUAUAUAGUUUCAUAAUGAUAUUGUAUUUUUUGUGUUGAUUUCUGUAUUAAU